CUAAACGGCACCUAUCUCCCCCCUUCCCUCGUGCCCUUCCUUCUCGUUGUCCAACGCCACGUCAUUUCUUCGUCGCCCUCGUCAGAUCGCGGAAACCCUCGGCGCAAAUAGUUGCCGUGAUCCUUUCGACGUCCGAUUACUUCAGAUUCCUUUGUUUCCUUUUCUUCCAGAUCUUUGUGCUGGUCGCUCCUUCGUCGUGGAUUUCGGUUGCUGUCCUGCGGAGUUAGGGUUGCUUUUCGUGGAUUCCACUGGCGUGUGUGCGGCGCAGAUGCAGGAUGUGAUCGCAUGUCAACGUACAGAUCGAUCAAUGGAUAUGCGCGAGUUCGAGUUCACAGAAGGCAAGGAGGAUUAGUUUAAGCUGUGUGUUAGUUGGCUUUACCUUCCUGCUGAGACACAAGCUUGCAAAAGGUGUUGCCUGACAGUCUUCCGGUUCAUGAGAAAUGGACAGUUCUGGAUUUACAAAGGCAGAGCAGAGCAAUUCUGUGGAGGCGUUUGCUAAAAAUGGACCAGUGGAAGACCAUCACGAUGACAGAGAACAGAGGAGGAUACGAAAGUGGAGGAAAAUGAUUGGUGUCGGUGGUAGUGACUGGAAACAUUAUGUUAGAAAAAAAUCUCAUGUAGUUAGAAGGCGUAUCAGAAAAGGAAUCCCUGACUGUCUGAGAGGACUUGUAUGGCAGUUGAUAUCUGGAAGUAGAGACCUCCUCCUCAUGAAUCCAGGAGUUUAUGAGCAACUAGUAAUAUAUGAGACAUCAGCAUCAGAAUUGGACAUUAUUCGUGACAUAUCUCGUACAUUUCCUUCACAUGUUUUCUACCAACAGAGACAUGGGCCAGGCCAAAGAUCACUGUACAAUGUUCUGAAGGCUUACUCUGUAUAUGACAGGGAUGUUGGAUAUGUUCAGGGUAUGGGCUUCUUAGCGGGUCUGUUGCUUCUGUACAUGAGUGAAGAGGAUGCAUUUUGGCUAUUAGUUGCCUUGUUAAAAGGAGCAAUUCAUGCUCCGAUGGAAGGUUUGUACCAGCCUGGUUUACCACUGGUUCAAGAAUACCUGCGUCGGUUUGAGCAAUUGGUGAAAGAAUAUUUACCAAAUUUGGGAGAACAUUUUUCUCAAGAGAUGAUUAAUCCAAGCAUGUAUGCUAGUCAAUGGUUCAUAACUGUGUAUUCAUACUCAUUCCCAUUUCCUCUCGCACUUCGCAUCUGGGAUGUCUUUCUGUAUGAGGGUGUUAAAGUUGUUUUUCAAAUCGGUUUGGCCUUAUUAAGAUUCUGUCACGAUGACUUGAUAAAAUUACCUUUUGAGAAACUUCUACAUGCUCUCAAAAACUUCCCUGAUGAAGCAAUGAAUCCAGAUACACUAUUACCACUUGCCUUCUCAAUAAAGGUGUCAAAACGCUUAGAGGAGCUUAAGGGAGAGCAUGAAAAGAAAAAUGAGAGAUCAUUGCUACAAUUGAGUAUGCCAAUUAGCAGCUCCAACCUACCAAUCCAGAAACCAUCUGCCGUUGAGUGAACACUUCCAUGCAAGAGGAAACUGAUCUUGUGUUCUUGUGCCUGAAAUCUAUCGAUAUCGCCCUGGGUUCUUGUUGAUGAUAGAGAGCCUUUGAUGAUGCCCAUUAGCAGGCUAAGUUUGAAGUCGUAGAAGACUUGCAAGUUAAAUAAUUUGUGCUCCAUCAUCAUAGCUUUAAAUUCUCAUAAAGUGCCUUGUAAAUGAAAACUUUGUUUUCUUACUUUUGGGUGUGAAAAAAUAUUAAAAAAUAAUUCAUAAAUAGAUUUAGAAUC